UCACCCCCAUUCUUAUUUCUUCACUUGGAACUCCUAACCCUCAUUCUUCACUUUUAGGGCAUUUUUAUUUUUCUAUUUGGGAAAUAGUUAAUGGUUUCUGCAGUAGUUAUGAAGGUGGUCUUCGCCGCCGUGGCUCUGGUGGUGGUUGCUCUGAGUAGUGGUGGCGCUGGGGUUUCAGCCCAAACCCACCACGUCGUCGGCGGCGGCGGCGACCACGGAUGGGGACCCGCUUUCAACGUCAGCUCUUGGUUGUCGGGCCGGGUCUUCAAGGUCGGCGACAAAAUAUGGUUCAACUACUCAGGAACAGAGGACAGCAUAGUUGAGCUGCAAAACAUGGAGGAAUUCGUGUCCUGUAAUUUCACCAACCCCAUCAGAAUGUACACCGACGACCCCACUAGCCACGUGUCCCUGGACGAAGAAGGUGUGAGAUACUUCGCUAGUGGAAACCUAGAGAGUUGCAAGAACGGCCUCAAACUGCCCGUGCCCAUUCAGCCCUCUUCUGAUUCCGGGCCCCACCAUGAGCCAUCUCCUGAGCAUUUUGAGCCGGCUCCUGAGUUCGACCCACCUGAGCAUUUCGAGCCGACUCCUGAGUUCGGGCCACCUGAGCCCGUUGAGCCAUUCGGGCCGCCCGAGCAUGAGUUUGGGCCGCCACCACCACUACCCAUACCAACACCCGCUGCUGCUACCCAUCUGAAUGGGCUGUCUGCUGUGUUAAUUGCUGGGCUGCUGAGUUACUACAUAGGCUGCCACUUUUAUUAGUAGAUACCAAGCCCGCUAUUUAUUAGUGAUAAUAAAGCGUCUUUCACUAGUGCUCUAUGCACUGUAGGUGAAAAGCGUGUUAGGGGCUUAUCAAUCAGUCUGUUGCUUUUUUUCUAUUUCAGACUCGGUUUUAUGUAAUCUAUUUUCUUGCUUUUUUUUUCCUUCUGGUAUUACUGCAUCAAACCGCUUGGAUGGCCUCCGAGCUUGGUUUAAAACGAGCAGUUUGUAUUAUGUUUUAUUUCGGUUCAAACUUUUUUAAGACAAAA